AUGCUCGCCCGCGCCGCCGCCCGCACCACCACCCAGCUGGUUUCCAAGCGAGGAUUCCACGCAACCCGAGCCCGCCUCUCCUCGCCCUACCACUACCCCGAGGGCCCCUACUCCAACCUGCCCUUCAACCCUCGCAGCAAGUGGUUCGGCGCCGGCUACUGGACCUUCAUGGCCGCUGGCUUCUUCGCCCCCUUCGGCAUUGCUGUCUACCAAACCUACAAGCCCCAAUAA